AUGAAGGCGUCACUCAUUCCCCUCGUCUUCUCCGCAGUGGCAGGAUCGUGCCAAGUGCCACCGACUGAGCUCCGCACUUACACGCUCACGACAACCGCUGCAGCCGACCAGUACGCCCAGAUCUGGCAAAAGCAUAUUGUAUCGCUGGCGGGGUUCAACGUCACUACCCGCAGCGUUUGGCGCAACGAAGGCGACGACAAGCAGGUUAUCGCAAUUGUGCAGUAUGCGCUGGGCGAUGAUCCAGUCGCCGUCACAGAAGCAUACAUGGCAAGUGCAGCGUUCGCCCAAGACAUGGAAGGGUUCAACAUGAGCAGCUUUGCUAGUGUCAUUGCGACCGAAUUGAAGCCGUUGGCUUUCUCGCCAGUUCUGUGA